CUGGUAAUGGUGUAGCCUGCUAUGUAGGCUUUUGCAUUGUCUACUAAUGAGCCAUCACACGUAGUGGUUGCAAGUGGUUCUCAGCAGAUUCUCCACGGUUAAGGACUGCAGCGUGCGCACUUUGCGACUGUACUCUCAAUGGCGAACGGUACGGCAAGCGGCAGCAAAGAGAAGAUGGCGGAGGGAGAUAUAAAUGCCGAAAAACUCAAGGAGAAGGCGAAUAAUUAUUUUAAAGAGAAAGACUAUGAGAAUGCAAUCAAGUUCUACUCGGAGGCGCUGGAGCUCAAUCCGGGCAACGCCAUCUACUUCUCCAACCGCAGCCUGGCGUAUCUGCGGACGGAGUGCUACGGCUACGCCCUGGCCGAUGCCACCAAAUGUCUGGAGAUAGACAAGAACUACAUCAAGGGCUACUACCGCCGAGCCACGUCCAAUAUGGCCCUGGGGAAGUUCAAGGCAGCGCUCAAAGACUAUGAGACGGUUGUGCGGGUGCGACCCAACGACAAGGACGCGAAGAUGAAGUACCAGGAGUGCAACAAGAUCGUGAAACAGAAGGCAUUCGAGAGGGCCAUCGCCAGCGACGAAGUGAAGAGAUCAGUCGUCGAUUCCCUGGACAUUGAAAACAUGAUGAUCGAGGAUGAUUACUCAGGACCCAAAUUGGAAGAUGGGAAGGUGACGAUGAAGUUCAUGAAAGAGAUGAUGGAUUGGUUUAAAGACCAAAAGAAACUUCACAGAAAGUGUGCUUAUCAGAUACUGAUCCAAAUCAAAGAACUCUUGUCCAAACUACCCAGUCUUGUUGAGAUCACAUUAAAAGAGAACGAGAAGAUAACCAUUUGUGGCGACACACACGGGCAGUUUUACGACCUCCUAAACAUCUUCGAGCUGAAUGGCUUACCCUCGGACAGCAACCCUUAUCUGUUUAAUGGAGACUUUGUGGACCGUGGUUCAUUCUCUCUGGAGGUUAUCCUCACUCUGUUCGGCUUUAAGCUGCUUCUGCCCGACUCCUUUUACCUUCUCAGAGGUAACCACGAGACGGACAACAUGAACCAGAUGUAUGGUUUUGAGGGGGAGGUGAAGGCUAAAUACACCGCUCAAAUGUUCCAGCUGUUCAGCGAGGUCUUCCAGUGGUUGCCUCUGGCACAGUGCAUCAACAACAAAGUCUUGGUGAUGCAUGGGGGUUUGUUUAGUGAAGACGGAGUGACGCUUGAUGACCUGAGGAAGAUCGACAGGAACAGACAGCCCCCAGACUCUGGUCCCAUGUGUGAUCUCCUCUGGUCCGAUCCCCAGCCACAGAAUGGGAGGUCCGUCUCCAAGCGAGGUGUAAGCUGUCAGUUCGGUCCUGAUGUCACCGAGAGGUUCCUGAACCAGAACAAGCUGGAUUACAUCGUCCGCAGCCACGAGGUCAAAGCGGAGGGCUAUGAGGUCACACACUCAGGAAAGUGCAUCACCGUGUUCUCAGCGCCCAACUACUGCGAUCAGAUGGGUAAUAAAGGAGCGUACAUUCACCUCAGGGGAUCGGACCUCAAACCCGAGUUUCACCAGUUCACUGCUGUGCCUCAUCCGAAUGUGAAGCCCAUGGCGUACGCCAACUCCUUGAUGCAGAUGGGAAUGAUGUAGAGGCCCUGCCCCCUGACCUCAUUCAGCCUGGCUCAUAACCCCUCCCUCCUGGCUGGCCACAACCACCACUCCUACAUACCCCAUGCUCUGUCCCUACAUACCCUGGUCCCUAACCCUGACUGGUCCAUGCUCUGUCCCUACAUACCCUGGUCCCUGACUCUGACUGGUCCAUGCUCUGUCCCUACAUACCCUGGUCCCUGACUCUGACUGGUCCAUGCUCUGUCCCUACAUACCCUGGUCCCUAACCCUGACUGGUCCAUGCUCUGUCCCUACAUACCCUGGUCCCUGACCCUGACUGGUCCAUGCUCUGUCCCUACAUACCCUGGUCCCUAACCCUGACUGGUCCAUGCUCUGUCCCUACAUACCCUGGUCCCUAACCCCUGACUGGUCAAUGUUCUGUCCCUACAUACCCUGGUCCCUAACCCCUGACUGGUCAAUGCUCUGUCCCUACAUACCCUGGUCCCUGACCCUGACUGGUCCAUGCUCUGUCCCUACAUACCCUGGUCCCUGACCCUGACUGGUCAAUGCUCUGUCCCUACAUACCCUGGUCCCUGACCCUGACUGGUCCAUGCUCUGUCCCUACAUACCCUGGUCCCUAACCCCUGACUGGUCCAUGCUCUGUCCCUACAUACCCUGGUCCCUGACCCUGACUGGUCAAUGCUCUGUCCCUACAUACCCUGGUCCCUGACCCUGACUGGUCCAUGCUCUGUCCCUACAUACCCUGGUCCCUAACCCCUGACUGGUCAAUGCUCUGUCCCUACAUACCCUGGUCCCUGACCCUGACUGGUCCAUGCUCUGUCC